AUGUCAGCAGAAUAUUUAAUAAAAGCUCCACCUCAAAUGGAUACGAAUCAACGAGAUCCACAUGGUAUUAAUAAACAUUUACAACUUGAUUGGCAAAAUGUAUUUUGUGAACCAGAUCCAAGUUCUCAUAAUUUUUCAGUUCUAUGGAGUGUAUCAUACUUUACAUAUUAUUAUACAAAAUUAUGUAUGUAUCGUUUAUUAGUUACAUUGAUUGGUAUUCCAUUGGUAUUUGCCUGGGCAUUAAUAUUUGCUGUUUAUACAUUUUUUAUGAUUUACUGGGUUGCUCCAAGUCGUCGACUAUUUCAAUCAUUAAUCCUCGAAACUGGUAUUUAUAUAAAUGAUAUAUGUUCAGCAUUUAUUGGUCCAGUUUUUCGAGCUAUUGGUCAACAAUUUAGUGAUAUACGUGUAAAAUUAUCAAAUGAACAAAUACAAAUUGCAAGACAAAUUCAAGUAUAA